AUGUCAGCUCCUCCGCCACCUCCACCACCUCCGGCGCCCCCAAUGGGAGGCCCGCCUUCCAGCACUCCGAUCAGCGCAAUCAAGGUCACGCCGGACAGAGGCGCGCUUCUGGGCGACAUUCGCAAGGGAAAGGCCCUGAAAAAGGCCGUCACCAACGACAGGUCCAAACCGCUUGUUGCAGGGUCUUCGUCUGGGGGAUCGUCCCAGGCGCCGUCAAUGGGCAUGGCCAGUGCCCCGGCUAUUCCUUCUGCCCCAUCGGCGCCAGCCAUCCCGUCAGGAGCACCCCAAUUAGGAGACAUCUUUGCGGGUGGAAUUCCAAAGCUCAAACACAGAGGAGACCCGGUCUCGAGACCGCCACCAGCCAACUCGGCGCCUAAAUUGCCGUCGUCAAGACCCAAACGCGAGUCCACCGGAUCGUCGGCGCCAGCCGUGCCCUCAUUAUCGGCCCCACCCGUCCCUGGAGCCCCUCCACCGAUCCCUGGAAGUUCUGCACCAAUACCACCGGUACCUGCCAGUUCUGCACCAAAGGCCCCGUCUCUUCCGAACUCGGCGGCACCUCCUCCCCCACCGCUGCCAACAUCGUCUGCUCCAAAGGCUCCGUCGGUGCCAACCUCGGCUGCUCCUCUACCACCUCCUCUACCAUCCACGUCAGCACCAGCACCUCCUCCUCUGCCAUCGAACUCUGCUCCUGCCCCACCGCCGCUGCCAUCGUCCUCGGCACCAAAACCCCCAGCGAUCCCUAGCUUUGGUGCUCCAGCUGCUCCCAAGGCCCCAGCCACAUCUGCACCACCUCCCCCACCACUGCCUUCUGGUGGUGCCCCGGCCCCUCCACCGCUGCCAUCGAGCUCGGCCCCAGCACCUCCUCCCAUCCCUUCGGCGCCAGCAGCGCCAGCACCGUCCAAAUCAUCGACACCAAGCAAACUACCCACACCGGCGGCAGAGCCUGGUGCUUCGGCAGGAGCGCUUCCUUUCCUGGCCCAGAUCAAUGCCAGAAGAAACGACUCGCACGUGAUCGGCGAGGACGACGUGAAGAAACAGGCCACACAGCCAAAGGUGCAGGCACCAAGUGUGCCGAGCGUGCCUGCUCCAUCUGCUCCUGCAGCGGCCGCGCCGCCAAUCCCAUCGACGAAGGCGCCUUCUGCUCCGUCAAUGCCCCCAUCGGCGCCUCCUAUCCCGUCGUUGAAAGCCCCACCGGCCCCAGCAUCGAGUGCACCUACUCCACCGCCAGCCCCGGUUUCCAGUGCACCUACCCCACCGCCGGCACCACCAGCCCCGGCUCUCCCAACGGCGGCCCCUCCUACUCCAGCCCCUUCGAUCCCAAUAAAAGCUCCACCAGCCCCAUCGGCCCCAUCGAUCCCAACCACCAAGGCUCCACCGGCUCCGUCGAUCCCAACCACCAAGGCCCCGCCAGCACCAGCGUCGAGCGCACCGACUCUGCCAGCCGCUCCGGCGCCACGGCCCCCUUCGCCGCCAUACACCCCGUCUGUGGCCCCGCACGCACCGCCAGCACCGCCCCAGGUGUCUGCGCCAGCCGUGCAACCAAGCACGGCCAGAAAGGCGCCACCACCACCUCCGCCAGCAGAAACCAAGCACAGGUUCGGCCUGUCGCGGUCCAAGGUGCCGGACGACGCCCGGAUCAACACACAGCAGGCCGUGGGCUCGGAUCUGCGAAAAAUCGACGCGUCGAUCUACACGAUCGGAGCCACCAACACCUCUGCCAAAGUGCAGAUCGACGAGUCGCGGUUCCACUUCACAAACGAGGCAGACAUCCCAAAACCGCGGCGAAACGUGCGCAUGUCGUCCUGCUGGCUCUCGGAGGCAACCUCCGGGUACUUGGCGGCCACCGAGUGCAAAAACGUCCAGGUGGACCGGCCAAGCUGCUCAACAUCGGGCGGACAGUCCUCGGCCACCGUCUUGGUGGCAGACUUGGUCACCGCCUUGAAGUCCAGCAGAGAGUUGCACGACCGGCACGGCUUGCCGUUCUCGUCAAGAACUAUCUUCUUUCCAGACGGCCCAAACGACAUGACUAAUACAAAUUAG